UUCUUUUUCUCUCUUAUUCUUCCUCUCAUUUGCGCCAAAUUUCUAUGAGCAAUCCAAUCUAUGUAUGAACCACCAUUGUGUUGGCUACUCUAUACCGUAUUGCAACUUUCGCUACCGACUAGAAUUCCCUUCGCAAUCUCUCAUGGCGGCUAAACCCAGCAAUCUUCCAGUUGUGGCUAUGAAGGUGGCACCGCGAUGCGGGAAAUGGAUUCCUCCUCAUCUUCGAACUUCCGAUACUAUGAGAGCACAGAUUGCCGUAGAUGCUCUCGAUAACGUCGAGGCUGAUUUGGAGCAAACCAAAUCUCAAGCUUUGGCAAUGGAGGUAGCACUACAAUCCGUAUAUCGCAAUAGAUGGAUUCAUCCUCAUCUUCGACAUUCCAAUACUAUGGAAGUACAGACUACCACAGACGCUCUCGAUAAUGCCGAGAUCAGUUCGGAGCAAACCAACACUCGUCUCUCUCAAGGAAUGGACUUGGAGACCCAAGAUGCUGUUGUUUACAGAAUGGACAGACUGGUGCAAGAUUUGAUAGCCGCCCGCAAGAGUCUGGAAGACGAAAAGAAAAAGACGAAAGACAAGGAUGCUCAGAUCGCUCAACUGAAGCAAGAAGUGGCUUACCUUCGGAACAAAGCCCGCGAGGGAGGCCGAAAACAUGAGGCUGCGGGGGCGGAAGUAUGGAAACUCGAGCGAGCGAGUGUGCUGGCCUCAGCAAGCAGCGAGGAGGUGAAUGAGCUGCAGCGGCUGUUGGCAUUUCACAAGACCAACGGGGAGCAGGUAUCAAGGCAGCUCAGAGACUUGCAAGCUACCAACAAGGAUCUUGAGACCCAGCUGCAGGCCACCGAAACUGUACUUCGGGAGCAGAUGUCACUUUUGUCAGGAUUGGGUAUAUGUGCGCAACCAGGUGCUGGAAGUGACUCACAGGAGGAGAAGCAAGUAGCCCCUGGUCGCUUGGAGGAUGCCACUCUUCAGGUCGAUUGAAUAUGUAGUAGCGGUAUGAUCUGUCAUUACAUGCAGCGGCACAGUUGUAAAUAAAGUAGCCAAUUCGAUGAUUUUUCUCAUAUGUAGGGCACUCAUGACUGAAACUGUGUUAUGACUGGCGCGAUGUUGGUUAAACACAUUGGCGGGGGAUGAUGCAUGUCGAGAACCGG